UUACAUCCAUUAAUUACUCUCUACAUAUAUAAUGGGAAGCACGGUUAAGAGAUGGUUGGCAUUUUGCGCGGUCGCGGCCAUGGCCUUGGCCGUGACCGCGGAGCCCCAAGUCCCUUGUUACUUCAUAUUUGGCGACUCAUUGGUCGACAACGGAAACAACAACAACAUUCAGUCCUUGGCCAAGGCCAACUACUUACCCUACGGCAUUGAUUUCCCAGCCGGCCCCACAGGCCGAUUCUCCAACGGCAAAACUACCAUAGAUGUCAUCGCUGAGCUGCUAGGGUUUGAUGACUACAUUCCACCUUACGCCACCGCACGAGGCCAGCAGAUACUGAGGGGAGUGAAUUACGCCUCAGCCGCCGCCGGAAUACGACAAGAAACCGGCCAGCAACUAGGGGCUCGGAUUGACUUCACAGGCCAAAUAAACAACUACAAGAACACGGUGUCGCAAGUAGUCGGCAUACUCGGGGAUGAGGACUCGGCCGCGAGUUACCUGAGCAAGUGUAUCUACUCCGUCGGUAUAGGCAGCAAUGACUACCUCAACAACUACUUCAUGCCUCAAUAUUAUAGCACCAGCCGCCAGUAUUCGCCGGAGCAGUACGCCGACGUACUCAUCCGUCAGUACACCGAGCAAUUAAGGAUGUUGUACAACUUCGGAGCCAGGAAGUUCGUCCUGAUCGGAGUAGGCCAAAUCGGGUGCAGCCCGAACGCGCUGGCGCAGAACAGCCCGGACGGGAGGACAUGCGUGGCGAGGAUCAACAACGCGAACCAGAUAUUCAACAGCAGGCUGAGAGGCCUGGUCGACGAGUUCAACGGCAACACCCCUGACGCGAGGCUCAUCUACGUGGACGCCUACGGCGUUUUCCAGGACCUGAUCGACAGCCCCUCGGAGUUCGGGUUUACGGUGACGAACGCUGGGUGUUGCGGGGUGGGGAGGAACAACGGGCAGAUAACGUGCCUGCCGCUGCAGCCGGCGUGCCAGAACAGAGACGAGCACUUGUUUUGGGACGCGUUUCAUCCGACCGAAGCUGCGAAUGUUGUUGUCGGGAGAAGAGCGUAUCGGGCGGAGAGGGCGUCGGAUGCUCAUCCCUUUGAUAUUAGCCGCUUGGCUCAGCUCUGAUACCAUUCCACACAUCAAGGAUACAAAUUGUCUAAUGUGUGUUAAUUUAUAGAAAUAUAUAUAUAUAUAUAUUGGUAAAUGGUAAUUACUCUCUCGAAAUGUAAUUUUGUACGGUUUUAUGUUUC